UUCCCAUUACCCCCCGCGGCUCGUGCGAAGAAAAAUGAAGGCGGCCAUGUUGUAGCAGCAGUCCAAAAGAAGGAGAAAGAAACCGAGCGAGUAGAGGGAAAGAGUAGUAAGAGAAGACCGAGUCUUCGCUCGACACCAGAAGAAGGAGACCUUUAAUACACAUUUCAUUUAGUCAAAACGCCAAGCCGGAGACAUCAUGAGCGGGGGGACUCCAUAUAUCGGGAGUAAAAUUAGCCUUAUUUCCAAGGCCGAGAUUCGCUACGAAGGGAUCUUGUACACUAUUGAUACCGAAAAUUCUACCGUCGCACUCGCUAAAGUGCGCUCCUUUGGCACUGAAGACCGCCCCACUGACCGGCCCAUCCCACCACGAGAUGAGGUGUUUGAAUACAUCAUCUUCCGGGGGAGUGACAUCAAAGACCUCACUGUCUGUGAGCCUCCCAAACCAACAUGCUCUCUUCCACAGGACCCUGCCAUCGUCCAGUCAUCUAUUGGGUCCACCCCAGCAGCAGCAGCAGCGUCAUUCCAGUCUGUAGGCUCGUACGGCCCCUUCAGCCGGGUCCCCGUGCCCUCCUACAGCCAGUUCAGCGCCAGCCCCCUGGUGCCCCAGCAAUUCGGGGCUGUCGGUGUUGGCCGCACUAGUCCCUCCCUGGAUGCUCUGAGGAAGAGCCCUACGCUGGAGCAGGCGGUGCAGACCACCCCCUCGGCCGCCCCCGCCCCCCCUGUGCAUGUCGGGCGGAGGAGUCCCACCGCAGCCCGGCCCGCCACAGCCGGCAGCCAAAAGCCCCCAGACGUCCCCGAUCAGAGGAGGGGUAAGGCCUGGGCUGAGCUCCACUCAGCUGUGCACUGCGCUACAGGUCCCGAUGCCCAGAAACUGCCCAGACCAGAGUCUGAGCCAGGCAGGGGUGAGAACAGGGAUGCAAAUAAACGACAAGCAGCAGGGGCUCCACCUGCCCGGCGGGGCCGCGGAGGGGGACACCGUGGCAGAGGCCGCUUUGCCGUGCGCAGAGACGGACCCAUGAAGUUUGAGAAGGACUUUGACUUUGAGAGCGCCAAUGCUCAGUUCAAUAAGGAAGAGAUCGACAGAGAGUUCCAGAACAAGCUCAAACUGAAAGACGACAAGCCGGAGAAGCCCGAGAAGGCGGUGAAUGGGGAGGAUAAGGGCGACUCGGGGGUGGAGACCCAGAACAGCGAAGGGAACGCAGAAGAAGAGGAUCCCCUGGGACCCAACUGCUAUUAUGACAAGUCCAAGUCCUUCUUUGAUAACAUCUCCUGCGAUGAUACCAGGAAAGCUGCAGAAAAAUCUGGUGUUUCAGCAUUCCCAAGGGAACGGAGGCAGACCUGGGCGGAGGAGAGGCGGAUGAACGCCGAGACGUUCGGCAUCCCGCUACGCCACAACCGGGGCCGCGGCGGCUUCCGGGGGCGAGGGGGAGGGUUCCGCGGCGGGCGUGGCCGUUCGGCGAGCCGGGGGUCCUUCGGGCCCCCGCGCGGAGGCCCCCCCGGCUUCAGGGGCGGGUUCAGGGGAGGCCGGGGCGGCAGGGAGUUCUCAGACUUCGAAUACAGGAAGGAUAACAAAGUGGCUGCAUAGUAUACAUGGAGGAUGGAUCCAAUCAGAAAUGUAGCUCCUCGUGGUCCAGAAAAUGUUGUUUUUGAUUUCAACUUGUGACAGAAAGAAUGAAGAAAUGUACUUGCUGUAUAUUUGUCACCAGCACUGGGGUAGACUGCUUGUAUUCAGAGGGUGUGAAUGCAGUUUUGUUUCCUCUUUCAAAAAAAAAAAAGCAAAGAAUUAUAAUGCGACCUUAAAACUUUAUUUGAAAUAUAAGCAGUUGGAGAUCUUGUAUAUGAUUACCAUACUUCAGUGGGACUAUUCAGUAUUUUUGCAUUGAUAUUUGAGUUUCUUACUAAACUUGUAUUUGAUAAUGUACUGUUAGGUGUAAAGAGAAGCGCAGAAUCCCGCUGAAACUGUGAGAGUACUAUGAUCACUGAAAUAGCUUUAUUUUUCGGAUAUAUCCUGUAAUGUACCUUUAGAUGCACCAAAUUCCUGUACAGAGCCAGUUGAAUCAGUUACAGCUUUCUACUUUACAUAUGUUUUUUUUUUCUACUGCACAUAUCUUGAUAGUUGGCAGUCCCACCUUUCAGCACCCUGCUGGGUUUUAGGCUUCCUUGUCUGGAAUACUUCCUCUACUUGGCAGUUUAGUUGUUCUUGGAUAUAUCAGUCCAUUAUUGUUAAGACAGCUUGGAUUUGGGCAUACUAGCAAUUAGAUUCUACACAAGUGUGGAGCUGAUAUAGAGCUUACAUAGAGCUGUUAGUGCAAGACUUCAGAGCUUUGCCCUCCUUUUGGUUUGAUGUUGUUUCGUUGGAAAUCUCUGCAAAGACCCAUUCACACAGGAAAUUGGAACAUGACGUAUUAGUUAAGUUAAACGUGCAGACCGAUUUGUAUUUACCAGGGUUUUCACAAAAGCAGCCAAUGAAUAAUCUAGCACAGGUACUAUAAUUUCGCAGUGCUUGAUUUGAAGUUAGGUCACAUUGUGUGUAUCUGUGGCUACUCAUGCUGGAAGCUUAACCAGCUCAUUGGUACAUCAGAACUGCAAUCUAUUUCUUAUGGAGAAUUAUGCAAUAUGUGCAUGGUUGCUUCAUUAAUGCAGGGGCAGUAUCUUGUCCCUGUUGGCAACAUACAAUUUGCUAUAAGUUGAGCUUGUUCUCAUCUCUGCUGGACAUGGAGAGUACACUUGUGUAGCUGACCGGUAAUUCUGAAAUGAGUAGCAGAGUUGGCUUGAGUUAAUGACCUCACAUUCUGUUUUUUCCCGAAAAAGUUGUCUAAAGUACUUACUCAGGAAGAAGACUAAACACUGCUAGAGAUUUGAUUUGGUCGAAAAUGUGUUUCAUUGCACUUUAAUGAAUUGUGAAAAGCCAGGUGGUAAUUUAACCCUUUAGAAUAUAGCCUAAGGUUGUCAGUGGCAUUAUAUGUUGUAGUAGGUAUUAGACUGUAGCUGCAAAUAUGUGGUAAUCUUAUUUUGUCAGAUCUGAUAUGUACCCUGUGUGAAUGGGCCUUUGAAACAGUAGUUAAUCUGCAAAGGACUUGUAAGGCUUUACGUUUAAAAUUUAAUAUUAGUGAUGUAUGUUUUUUUUUUUUUUUUUUUUGGUUUGUUUCCUGAAAUUUACUAUAAUAGCAAUUGUCCAUGGUACAAUGAGAUGUCAGAUGCUGCAGUAAAGUAACCGGACUUCAAAAGUUUGUUUUCCCCUUUGCAUGCAUAGAAAGGCCUCAGGGACAUGACAGGAUUUUUCCCCAAAUAAGAAGGGUUCAGGUGGGCUACAAGCGUGAACAUUAAACCAGUUUGAAUUUGGAGGAAACUUGAUAUUCAUUUCAAUUUGGCAUCGGAAUGUGCUGAUUUGUCAUUUUCAACAUUCGGAGGCCCUGUAAGUGAUCAGUGUUCUCACAAUACUACAGAGUGUACAUGUACUAGUCAUUUGCUGUGAAUGUUUCCCCAUUACUUACGGAGAUAUGGCUAUUAUCAAAUGCUACGGGGAAGUAAAUUGGGCAUUCUUUCAGCACAGCCUGUUGAGGUGGUGAGAUGUCCGGAAAGAGUUCUGCAGUGAUUGGAUUUUUUAACGAUGCAUUGUUGCUUACAAUGACUGGAACAAAGGGAUCCGAAUAUUCGGAAGGGGGAAGGGGGUUCAGAUUUGUUCCAAAUGUUCUCAAGUUUGUGUAUGUUUUUGGGAAAGGGGGGAAAUAAAGAAUUGUGGUGCGCUGCUCAUCAUAAAAGUUGAAUCAGGAUAGAUAAAUUAGAAGACAAAUCUUACUUGCGCAGUUUUAAAGCACUACAAGAUGAUAAAUAGGGCAGCUAGUGAGGUGUACAGUAGUGAAAUAUGUACAGCCUGACUGGACGUUGGUAGUUAACUCAGAACACUGCCUGGUAGUUGUGCCUCAUGAGAAUCCACAAAAUCAUGACACCGAACAACUUGGAUGUUGCUUGAAUAGCCAGAUCCCCAAUUGUGUUGCAAUAACUGUUACUGAAAUGUCCCAUGCUAAUUUUAGAUAAAGAAAUUGUACAUACUACCAAAAUGCUAUAUUCUGUGAGGGUUUAAUUAUAUUAGUUACUCCUAAUCUCUGGGUCACUAUCCAGAUGUUUUGUUCCAAAACAGGAAAUUUAACAGCAUGAUGUACUUUCAGUGUGACGGGGGUUUUUAUUCAAAGCAAGGAAUAAACAGUUGUUCAAUAAA